AUGGACUCUUUACUACACAAAACUUCUUCUUACAGGUUGGAAAAGUUGAGAGAAAAAAAAAGCCGAAUUACAGGAUCAGGUCGUGGUAAAAUAUAUGUUUCAAAUUGGUAUGCCUAUGAAGCCUUCAGUUUUCUAGGAGACAGAAAUCACCCAGGAAAUACGCAAGAUACUUUAGGUGAAGUGACUACCUAUUAUUUACUGAUAAUUAUUCUGCCAAGAAAUUGCUCCGUUUGUUAUGAAAUGUCUCCCUAA